UAUGGUAAAGCCACAGUCAUCGGUUGCAUGUUACAAAUGGAUGAUCAAGUAUUUGAUGGAUCAUAUGCAGUUAUAAUUCUCCAUGAUUCUCUUCUCAAUCAACUUCUUACACAUUUCUAGAACGAGUUUCAGUUCUCAUAGCAAAGUGAAGAAGUUAUCAACUCAUCAUAUUGUGUUCAUCAUCAUCGCUUCUUCUGUUUCAUUCGGUUGCGUCUCCAACAGAGAGAACGAAUUCGCAGAGACCGAGAUCUAUUCAGCAAUCUCAAUCAUCUCAUCUGUACUAACACCACUGGUUGACGUCAGGAUCAUAAUCGACGUCCCAGGACAAUCAAUGACGCCGGCAACUAUGAACCUCUUCUUCUUCUUCCACGGUUUUCCACAUUAUGCUCUUCCUCGUCGCCACUUUCGUAGCUAUCUGACUUUCACGGCACAUAACGGAGCUGAGGUGUCACUGAUGCUGACAUUUUUUGAUUAUUCAGACUCCACAAGGCAUAUAUGACAUUCCGUACUGCAAUUGGAUUCUUCCUUCUCCUUCGUAAGCCUCUCUUCAUCCCUGAAUUGUGGAUUCAUCAGCCGCCUGCCGCUCCCUUGAACGUCCGUUUCGUUUCUUUUCACUAUAUACAAGAAUAUCUUGACCUAUUCUUGUGAUUUCAUAGAUGGAAGGGGAUAAUAGCCACGUCUAUACUGUAGAUGAAGCACUUACUGCUGUAGGAUUUGGUAAAUUUCAGUACUAUAUACUUGCCUAUGCUGGACUUGGUUGGAUUUCUGAGGCCAUGGAAGUCAUGAUACUGUCUUUCGUUGGUCCAGCAGUUAAGUUGAAAUGGGGACUAUCAUCUAGUGAAGAGAGUUUAAUUACUACAGUAGUUUUUGCUGGCAUGCUUGUUGGUGCAUAUUCAUGGGGACUCAUAUCAGAUAACUAUGGAAGAAGGAGAGGUCUUCUGAGUGUUGCCAUAGUUAGCACAGGAGCUGGGUUUUUGAGUUCUUUCUCACCAAAUUAUAUAUCGUUAAUCAUUCUACGAUGUUUGGUUGGCAUUGGCCUUGGUGGUGGACCUGUAUACUCUUCUUGGUUUCUUGAAUUUGUUCCCACUCCAAAUAGAGGAACUUGGAUGGUUGUAUUUUCAGCUUUCUGGUCAUUUGGAACCGUUUUGGAGGCAUCACUUGCUUGGAUUAUAUUACCAAGGCUAGGCUGGAGAUGGCUGCUUGCAUUAUCUUCAUUACCGUCUUUCAUGGCGCUCAUCUUUUACAUUUGUACACCAGAGUCUCCUAGAUAUCUUUGCAUGAGAGGUGAAAUAUCUGAUGCGAGUAAAAUCCUCGAGAAAAUAGCAAAUACUAACAAGAGAAGUCUUCCAUUUGGAAAACUUACAUCAACAGAAGAUGAUACUCAUUCACUUUGCUUGGUACAGAAUAAACCUGUUGUUUCUAAAGCUGGCCUUUUAUCAAUCAUUAAUCUGUUGUCAUCAAAUCUUGUUAGAAUUACUCUCCCCCUUUGGCUAGUUUUCUUUGGAAAUGCAUUUUCAUAUUAUGGAAUUAUCUUGUUGACUUCUAACCUCAGCACAGGCCAAAUUAGUUGUUUGAAUUCCAUGGGAGAAUCAAACCUCUAUAAGGAUGUCUUCUUCACAAGCUUGGCAGAAUUUCCCGGGCUUGUCUUGGCAGCAAUUCUGGUUGACAGAAUUGGUCGUAAGCUUACGAUGGUUUUGUUGUUCAUAACAGCAUGUUGUUUCCUUCUACCACUAGUUAUUCAUGAGCGUCAGCUUGUAACCACUUCAUUACUCUUUGUGGCUCGUAUGUGUACUGCGAGUGCCAUCACUGUAGCGAAUAUUUAUGCCCCGGAGAUAUAUCCGACAUCAAUAAGAUCUACGGGGUUUGGAGUAGCGAGUGCAGUGGGGAGAAUUGGGGGCAUGGUAUGUCCGCUUGUAGCGGUUGAACUUGUGAGUAACUGCCAUCAGACAGCUGCCAUAUUUCUGUUUGAGGCGGUUAUGGUUGUUUCGAUUGUGGGUAUGGUGCUUUUGCCUCAUGAUACGAGCGGGCGAGCACUAACCGAUGACUGA